UUUUUUUUCCCACUGUCUGUGAAAGCAACGCAGCCAGAGAAGAGACGGUGUAACUUUGGGGGGGAUGGAUGGAUGGAGCGGAUCAAUCGUCCACAUAUCUUUUCCCUGUGGUCUUCAUCCAGCCACUCGACUCGACUCGCUCUUCUUCUCUCUCAUUCACUCAUCCUUUCUUCUCCUCAUUCCUCAUCAACCAUGGCCUACUCUCCCCGCGAGCCCAUCAAAACCAACCUCGAGUGGGUCUCGGCCCUGUCGAUCGAUGUCGAGCCCUCUGCGGUCCGUCGCUCUACCAUUAUCUGCACCAUCGGUCCAAACACAAACAAGGUCGAAAUGAUCACGGCGCUGCGGCGCGAAGGCAUGAAUAUCGUUCGCAUGAACUUUAGCCAUGGCACGUACGAAUACCACAAAUCGGUCAUUGACAAUACGCGCAAGAGCUGUGCCGAGCACCCUGGCAAACCCGUCGCCAUCGCGCUCGACACCAAAGGUCCCGAGAUCCGCACAGGGCAGAUGGCCAACGGAGUGGAUGUGCCCUUUGUUGCGGGUCACACCAUGACAUUCACGACAGACGAACAAUAUGCGGAAGCCAGUACAGAUCAAGUGCUGUAUAUUGACUACAAGAACAUUACCAAAGUGCUCGAGCCUGGCAAGGUCAUCUAUAUUGACGAUGGUGUCAUGUCCUUCAAGGUGCUCGAGAUUGUAGAUGAGAAGAAUCUGAAGGUUAUCGCCUUGAACAAUGGCAAGCUGUCGUCGAAGAAGGGUGUCAACCUGCCGAGGACCGAUGUAGAUCUACCGGCAUUGUCGGAAAAGGAUAAGGCGGACCUGAAAUUUGGGGUGGAGCAGAAUGUAGACAUGAUCUUCGCGUCUUUCAUUCGGAGCGGUGAGGAUGUCCGAGAGAUUCGCCGCGCCUUGGGGGAGGCCGGAAAGCACAUUAAGGUUAUUUCGAAAAUUGAGAACUAUCAGGGAGUCCAAAAUUUCGAUGACAUUCUAUCCGAGACGGAUGGAGUCAUGGUUGCCCGCGGCGAUUUAGGUAUCGAAAUCCCAUGCUCGACCGUCUUCUUGGCCCAAAAGAUGAUGAUUGCAAAGUGCAACAUUGCAGGCAAACCCGUCAUCUGCGCCACGCAGAUGCUCGAAUCAAUGACAUACAACCCUCGGCCGACGCGAGCAGAGGUCUCAGAUGUGGCGAAUGCAAUCUUGGAUGGCGCCGACUGUGUUAUGCUGUCAGGAGAAACCGCCAAGGGAACAUAUCCACUGGAGGCAGUGCGGACCAUGCAUGAGACAUGUCUGCUGGCCGAGUCUGCUAUUUGCUAUCCGCCGUUGUUCAAUGAAAUCAGGGAUAUGACUCCCAGACCAACCGAGACCACAGAGACCGUAGCCUCAUCUGCAGUGUCGGCAGCUCAUGAGCAGGAAGCAGGUGCGAUUAUUGUUCUGACGACCAGCGGAGCGACAGCGCGCCUGGUGAGCAAAUACAGACCCAAGUGUCCGAUCAUUUGCCUAACGAGAUAUGGGUCGACGGCAAGGCAAGUCCACUUGCACCGGGGAUGCUAUCCCUAUCAUUACCAAGUCGAGCGUCAUUCUGAUUGGCAGGAAGAUGUUGAUGCUCGCCUGCAAUACGGGAUGAGGAAGGGCAUUGAGGAAGGGUUGUUGAAGAAGGGCGAUGUGGUGGUGAUGAUUCAGGGAUGGAAAGGCGGACUCGGCAACACGAACACCCUUCGUGUCCUCCACGCCGAGUAGAUAGCCAGCGCCUUAACCCUUGGCCCCUCCUUCAGUCGUUCGCGCAGACACAGAUCUGCGGGAGUUGAGUAGCUGGCACGUUUUUGCUCGAAAUAAACCGCAAACCUUAACCUGUAAUUGAACGCGAAGCACUCUCUGGGACACGCUGCAUGGACACAUGCACAAACGUUGCAGAGCGCCUUUUCGCAUUCCAAAGUGAAUAAAGAUCCACAGGCUGGUGCUGCACAAGACGAUGCGGCCCCUUUGGUAGCCGAUAAGCCCACUGCGUAUCUUUCUCGUCAAGGGUACGACGUCCUAUGAUAUGCUCGUUUCCGCUCAUUGCCCGAUUGAACGAGGGAGGGAGGGAGGCGUGACGCCCGUCACUACACCCCUCUCAUUCACGCUAAA